AUGAUUUUCUCACUUGAUGAAGAGAUUCAUCGUUUGUCGUUAGAUGAUAAUAAGAAUGACAUUAAAGUAGACUAUCCCAUAGCAAUAUACGAUGAUAUCGUCCAUGACCAAUACGGCAGUGCCAUCACAUAUGGUGGUAAUAUAGACCAUCUCUCUGUCCACCCAAAUGCCAUUCCACUCAAUGGAACAGGUCCCACCCAUACGAUGAGAAGAAGGUCCUCUGCCUAUUCCAAGUUCCCCAUCUUAACUCCACCCAAUACAAGAAGAUUCUCUAUUACAGGCAUAGAUGCUACACCAAAUGGUUUGAAUAGACUAUCUACAACACCACAAAAUAUGAAUUCCUCUAAUAUCAGUGAAAAUGGAUUAUCAAGGAAUCUGUGUGAUUUUAAACCUGUGAGAGUGUUAGGUCAAGGCGCUUAUGGCAAAGUCAUUCUUGUUAAGGACACUAAUACUUCGAAACUUUACGCUAUGAAGCAAUUACAGAAGGCAGAAAUACUAAUUUCUCCGACAGUAGCAGAUUCCAAGAAGGAAGAAGAAGAAAACAAUAGUAGCGAUGACAACGAUACAGAUAAUGGACUAUCAAAGAGGCUAGAGAGGACGUUUGCCGAAAGGUCUAUCCUAUCUGAAAUAGAACAUCCAAACAUUGUCAAGUUGUUUUAUUCUUUCCAUGAUAACUCAAAAUUGUACUUAUUGUUACAGUAUAUUCCCGGUGGUGAACUAUUUUACCAUUUGAAGGAACACGGUACUCUGGAUGAAACGACAGUGUCGUUCUACGCCGCCGAAAUCAGUUGUGCUUUAAAAUUUCUACAUUCGAAAGGCGUUGUAUAUAGAGACUUAAAGCCCGAAAACUGCUUAUUAAAUCAACGUGGUCACUUGGUGUUGACAGAUUUUGGUCUGAGCAAAAAAAGUGCCCAUGAUUCCAUGGCUGAUGAGGAGGAUCCGGAGAAUGUCAAGGCCUUAUAUUCUAUCAUUGGUACUCCAGAAUACUGUGCGCCCGAAAUAUUGUUAGGCAAAGCGUACACCCAGAAUUGUGACUGGUAUUCUCUGGGGUGUCUACUGUAUGAUAUGCUGGUAGGUAAGCCUCCAUACACUGGAAAUAAUCACAAAGUGAUCAUCAAUAAGAUUCAACAGAACAAGCAAGGCCCUAAGAUUCCAUUCUACUUAAGUGAAGGAAUGAAAGAUAUAUUAAAUGCACUGUUAAAGAAAGAAACCUCCAAGAGAUGGAAUGUUGACAAAUAUUGGGCCAAAAUUGGGGGAAAUAACAAGACCAUCAAGUCCAAGAAGAAGAAAUCAGGGAAUGUAAGAACUAGUUUUUUCACAGAACACUUUAUCUUUAGGAAAAUAGAUUGGAAGUUCUUACAAUCUGGACAAAUGCAAAAGACUACUCUAGGCCCCAUUGUCCCGGUUAUUACAGAUCUAGAAUUAGCAGAAAACUUCGACGCGGAGUUUACCUCCAUGUCAUAUGAGGAAAAUUAUGCUGACAGCAGGCCAAUCAAUAUAAAUUCUGUGAGCAAGUCUCCAGAUAUGUUCAAAGGAUUUAGUUAUAAAGCAAGUGGUAGCUAUUUGGAAAAGUACUUUUAA